UUCGGUGGGAACGGGAGUGGGAGGACGUCGUGCGAGUGUUAUUUAGCUAGCGAUCGAGCUCGAGAUGUCUCGCGAUCUAAGAAUUACUUCUAUAUAUAUCAAGCAGUUAGAUGGAAAUUUUUUCUUUCAGAUCAAAUUGUUCAGGUUGAGGAGAAGAAGCCUUUUCAUUUAUCCAUCUUUUCAUAUAUAUCUUGAUGGAUAUUCAGGAAGAAUUCAUGGCAGAGGUUGGAGAGGAGGAGGAAAGGACUGGAGCAGAUGAAGCAGCAGGAAAUUCUACUACUGAUGACCGCAAAAGGAAAAGGUCUGCUUCACCAGCUGGAAGAACUGAAGACAUAUUACCACUACUGAAGAAGUUGGCAUCACCAGAGUUUGAUCAUAUCCCUACAAACGAAGAAGUCAUAUUAACGGAUUUAGUGGGCUCUUCGAUCAUCACAGCUGAACCACCAGUGGAAAAGGUUAAGAAAAAUAUGAGCACUCCUGUGGAUAAUGAGUGGGAAUGGGAAGUAAUUAUUGCAGAAGAGAACAAUGAGGAGGGGGAAUGGGAAGAAAUUGUUGCAGAAGAGAACAAUGAGGAGUGGGAAUGGGAAGAAAUUAUUGCAGAAGAGAACAACGAGGAUUGCAGGUAUGAGAUGGAACUUACACAUCCUAUUCAGAAUCUCCUUGGUGGAGAGCUCGUUUGCGCCAUGCAGUCUAUGCUCAUCCCGGUUCAGAAGCUAAAACUGGACAUUGAGAGGGCAAUGCUUGAACUUGAUCAGAUUCUUCGGGCAAAUGAAAUCAAUUUUGCGAUUCUAGCUGCUUUGCCUGCAUUCUUUCUAUCUCUUAUUCUGAUCAUGUCAGUCCGUGGAUGGUUAAAACAGGAUACAAGAGCUGAAGGCAGGGGAAGAGUUGCUUGUAUCCAGAGGAGGCUACUUGUUGUGGAGGUUGAGAAAAGGAUUACAAAGUACCAAUCCUAUCUUGACCAGAAGCGUGUAGAAGCUUAAUCUGUUCUUAACUCUUUUGAUUACAAUAUAUCCCUUUUGCAGUCAUCUUUUUCCUUUUAACUGCUCACAUAAGAACUGUGUCUUAAAGUUUUAUCAAAAAAAGAAUUGUGUCCUUUGUUCAAACCUUGACAAGAUUUUGAUUCUGGAUUACUUGAUAUUAAGACAAAGGCAAUUAAGUGCUAAAAUCAUCCUCCUAUCCAUUUCUUGGCCAUAAACCUUUUCUAAUUUGGUUCACAUUCCAUUACAUUACUUAAAAGUUGUUCUACCUUGUUCUUUUGUAUGUUAAAUUUCCUCUGUUAUUUUUUUUUGGGACAUCUAUGUUAUUCCUAAUGCAUUGUAUAUAUUCUGCUUGCUUUUAAACUGGUUAGAUUUUAGGCUGGAACACCUGCAAUUGGACUAGGAGCUGCAAUUGAGUACUUGUCUGAAAUUGGCAUGCAGAAUAUUCAUUAUUAUGAAGUGAGUUCCUUUCUUUUUCCUUUUUUCAUGUUUGUGUCUUCUGUCCUUUAACUGCUUGGUAGAAAAUAUACAGACAGGUUUUAGGCAUUCAAGGAUCCUUGUGAGGACUGUUGACCAUAAAAUGCUGCUCAGAUUUGCUAUUUUAAGAAACAAAAAAGAAGGUGAUAAAAACAUUGUUCUCAAGUAUGCUGUUGUUAAUGCUGAAAGAAAUCAGUGACAAGGUCAAACGUUUGGCACAUUCCAAAUGGCUGAAGCUCGUAGUUUUGAGAGAGUUCUGUCAACUUUUAAAAUUGUUCUAAAAUAUGCUGUUGUUAAUGCUGAAAGAAAUCAGUGGCAAGGUCAAACGUUUUGCACAUUCCAAAUGGCUAAAGCUCAUAAUUCUAGAUCCAUUCUUGAGAGAGUUCUGUCAACUAAUUCUGUGGUUUUUGUGAUGAAUUUAAUAGUUUUCAUCCCCUAAUCAUCUUUCCAAGUCAUUAAAUUACGUCCUUAUUC